UAGCAGUGAGAUACCUGCUGGGUUUUAAAGCAGUAGGGGGACAAGAAGAGCCUAAAGAUACUAACUGGAGAAAUGAAAAUAAAUAGCAGCAGCCUGUCUGAGCCCGGCCCCAUGGAGAGCAGAGACCGGAGAAUGCUACUGAGUGUGAACAAAAACCUGAGAGUGUCCAGCUGAUGGCCCUGCUGAGCUAGUGGGACAAGCUACCACCAGCAGGAAAAAUCUGCACAUCCCAAUGUGAGACACUCACCCCUGUAGCUGCCCCACCAAGGAAAAGCCAAACGCAGAGAUAUACUUCUUCCAGCUACCAACAAGGUCUGCUGUCCCUGGGCAUGUUUCAGUACCACCUCUCAUCCCUUCCGUCCAUAACCUGGUGUGUGACAUCCAACUGUGGCAUCUACAAAGCUGCCUGAAACUGAGGCUUUCACAUUUAAUGAAGCAUUUUUUUGAAGUCACGCUAAGUGACUGUGUUGCACAUCUGCACGGGGCAGACCAUUUCAACUUCCUUUUCUGAUGGGAGCACCAAGAGAGAUACAUAUUUACCUGAACUUCAUCAAGUGAAGAUGGAAAAAAGGUGGCUCUUCUGUCUCUUUUGUUUCCUCUGGGUGCCCAGCAUCACAGGCCAGUCUAGAGAUGUCAUUACCCAAACAGAAGUGGUCCACGCUCUGCCAGGUACUGACGUGACCCUGGUGUGCCUCUUCCCAAAAUCACACACCACCCACAUAAUACAGACACAGUGGUCCAAGACUGAAGAAAGCCAUUCUACCAAAAUAGCUGUUUAUCACCCCACUUAUGGCACUCAUUACUUCAAAUUUUCUGAGGCUUCUUACAAUUUUUCGGUGUCCUUCAGCACAAGGAAGUGCUGCAACCAGGAUGUCACAGAAUCUUUGUGUUCCACCAAUCCAAACACCACGUCUGAAUGCAAUCAGUGGGCUCUGCAUCUGAAAAACGUCACCGUCGCCCUUAGCGGGCAGUACAAGUGCAGUUUUGCUACUUACCCAUAUGGGACAAAGGCUGCAAAAAUUCAACUUAUCAUCACGGCAGAAGAGGAGCAGCACCACCUGAAGAAAGUGUGGUUAAACCAGACUUUAGAAAUUCCAUGCCUUGAGGACACGACCUCAGAAAAUUUGUCCACUUAUCCUUUGAAAUGGGUAGUGGGUGACAAUGGCAGGAAAGAGGAACUCGUGACCAAGGAGCCCUCCUGUCCUGCCAUGUACAGGAACAGCAGCGCAGUGUACGGGCAAAGAGUCCACCUGGGUUUGAAUAACACUCUGCAGAUUUUCCCCACCAAAAUCACUGAUGAUGGCAGGGUCUUUUCCUGCCACGUGGUGUAUCACCCAGAGAGAGUCCGGAAGAGCAGCACCACUGUGAGAGUAUACGCUUACCCCGAGAUCUCUGUUAGUCUGCAGGAGGGCUCAGCUGGCACCUUGCAGAAGCCCAGCGUGAGCUGUGUCGUGAGGAAGGCGUUUCCCAAGCCAAGCCUUGUGUGGUACGUGGACAGAGCGAACCUGUCGGAGCAGCCUGGAGAAAUUCCUGUUGUACAAGAAGAUUUGCAAGACAGUGAAGGUUUCUAUCUGAUGAGAUCAACGCUGAUGCUGCAAGGGACCCAAGAGACACAUAAGACAUUCUCAUGUGCAUGUCUGUUUCCUUCCCUCGGGAGUGAAACAUGGAAUAUUUCAUCGGAAGAAAUAUUAGUUUCAUUUGAUAAUAAGUCUAAUGAAGCUUCAUCUGAAGCUUUUCCCACCAUGGUUUCAGAAGACCUUGGUAAUUCAACACUUACAUCAGCUGUCAUGACUGCCUCAGAGCCCCAGUCGACAUCUUUGGCCUCUCUAGAUUUCACAAGUCAAGCAAACUUGGCUCCUGCUUCCAUAACACAAGCAGGAGCACUGGCUUUUGACACAGAGACAAAAAGCUACACCAGCGCCGCAGCAUUAAGUGAGAGUUUGACGGCAGCGCGGAAUCUGUCCUACAGCAUCACAGGCCAGACAAUUUCAGUUACCGGAGGGAAAGAUUUCUUUACUACCAGCAGCCUGCUCAACAGUACUGGUGAUGAGAGGAACACAAACACCAGUCGCUUCCCCUGGCCAACAGUGGUGGCCGUCCUGCUCCUCUUCUGCAGUUCUCUAAUAGCUGUGGGCAUCAGGAAAUGGUGUCAGUACCAGAAAGAGAUUAUGAACAGACCUCCAUCCUUCAAGCCACCACCACCUCCAAUAAAGUACACCUCCAUGGUGGAGUCUGAUGGGACUCCCCCUUCCAGCCACGAACUAGAAAACCUGUAACAUUGCCUACACCCCUUGUGUAGCUUGCAGAAGACCGACAGUUAAAAGGCUCUGUCUUUAGAACAGUGACUACAGGAGUUGGGUGUUAAUGACCCACAUUAAAAUUCAGAGUGCUUACCUGACAUUACUGUUGGAAGCUGAGCAUUCCUUAGGACACUUCAUCCUGUCUAUCUCUAUGUAUGCAUGGCGUUAACACCAUUGUGAGCGCCACCGUGAGAUUACACGUGCUUAAUUUGAAUUAGGUGAUCAACUGGGAAUUUGCUGUCUUUUUAAUGGGAGCGGAUUAACACAUCACUCCUCCAGCCUGACUGAAGAGUGUUGAAGCUUCUCUUUUACUGAGUGUACAGAGAUGACAGCUCUGCUGUAUGGACACCACAGUCAUAGUGGCUUAACACAAGCUUUUUGAUACCUACGCGAGUCGUUCUUACAAUUAUUUUUUUUAACUGUGGACUAACAUGACCAACUUAGUAUUUUCUAUCAUUGUGAAACCAACCAAAAAAUAAACAGCACCUUAUGCAGAAAGAAAAUAUCUGCAUCCCUCGGCACGGAGUUGCACAGAGGAUCACGUGGAAGGGUUGGUGAGAUGAAAGGUCAUGGUGCAGGCCUGGUACAAGUGUUUGUGAAGAAGACUCAGUUAUCAUUGGUGAAGUCACAAAAAACAGUCAACUUUGGGCUCAUGCACAAGCUGCCUGUGGGCCAGAGACUUAAGGAUUGAAGUGAACAAGGAGCCUAAAGAUAAUGGAAAAUUCUAGUCCUUUUAGAAGUGCUGUGCCUUUGAAACAAUGCUUACACUUGAGUCUGCUUUUGUGGAAUUAUAUUUUUGACACCCAUUAAG